AAUUGUAACGUUAUUUGCGGACAAUUAGUAUUGCAUUACUCGUCAAAAAUCAAAAUUAUUGUCAAAAACGGUGUCAAAGACUGUCUGACUUUCAGUGCCAGUGAUGUCCAGCUAUUAUGAUGAACACGAAUGUCCCGACCGGACACCCGAACAGGAGACCAAUAAUCUGUACCUAUCGUUGGCCCGAAUGCUUCACGAUCUGGGCUUCGAUGCGGUGGACGCGGCGCUCAACGGCCAUAGCGGUGAACGACGACCGCCGGCUUCCAAGCAUUUCAUCGAAAAUUUGCCGAAAGUUAAUGACUUCGGCAAAGACGACAAAUGCUGUGUUUGUCUAAAAGAGUUUACUGUCGACCAAACGGUACGCGUGGGUUGUGGUCACCGAUAUCAUCGCUUGUGUAUUACUGAAUGGCUUCGGCUUAACAACUCGUGUCCCGUUUGUCGCACAGAGUUUCCCACCGAUGAUGAAGAGUACGAACGAAACAAACGCGAGAAAAUGAGAAGAGAGACCACUCUUCAAGAGUUACAUAACUCUAUGUUCAGUUGAUUUUUGGA